UGGCGUCGCUGUUUGUCAAGAUGGCAGCCGCCGGCGAGACGGAACCGAGAAACCUGGAGAUCAAAAUAAAGUCCAUCGAGAAAACCCUCGCUCCCCUGAUACAACAGAUUUCGACGCUUGUGAACGCCAAGGAGCGUGGUCUCCGCAGCGAAAAAGCGGCUCGGGCGAUGGCCCGCGUUGGUCAGGCCGUCAACCUAGCCGUCGAACGCUUUGUUUCCGUCGGGGAAGCAAUCGCGGACGACAACCCGGAGAUACGCCACGACAUGUACGACGCCUGCAGGGACGCACGCACUGCUGGAGCCAUGAUCGAGCAGUUGUGCGAGCUGCGUCCGGACGAGGCGGAAAGUGACCACGGCAGCAUGGCCCGGGCCGCAAGGGCCCUUCUGGCAGCCGUCACCAGAGUGCUUCUGCUUGCAGACACUGUUGUGGUCAAGCAGCUUCUCAGCGCCAAGGACAGGGUAACCAUAAGCUUGAAUCGUCUUGAGAAUGUUGCUAACUUCACAGAGUUUGUGAAGGCGUUCAGCCAGUUCGGGAGCGAAAUGGUCGAAUUGGCGCAUCUCACCGGCGACAGGCAAAACGACAUGAAAGACGACAAACGUCGAGCUCAAAUGGCAUCGGCACGGCUAAUCCUCGAAAGGUCAACAAUGAUGCUUCUGACAGCAUCGAAGGCAUGUCUUCGGCACCCGGAAUGCGAGACAGCGCGCGAAAACCGGGACACGGUGUUCCUGCAGAUGCGCAGGGCAAUGGACCUUAUCCAUUUUGUGGUCAAAGACGGGGUCAUUCCAGACCUGACCGCAGCCUCCAACUGCGGACCACAGGGGGAAGCCUGCUGCCGCCGGAAGAGUGCUGGCGGCCGGAGGACGUCCGCCGCCAGAGCGGAAGACUUAGACCAGUGCCGCACCGUCCACAAUGCUAUCAAGAAGUUUGAGGAUUUGGUAGAGAUGACGCGCAUGACCCUGGUGGGGCCGAUGUACCGGGAGCGGCUGUCAAGUGCCUUAGACGCGGCCGUGGAGCGAACGCAAGACUUCACCGACUCCGCGUACACUUCCCACGAACACCGCGAAAAAAUCCUCCUGCUCUGUGACAGGGCAAAGCUCGAGCUCAACCAACUGCUCAGGAUAGGAGUCAGCCUUGAUCAGGCUGACUGCACGUCCCCCAACGAAGACCUUGAAGCCUCGAUCGUGCAGACGCUACAAGCGAGUGCGGACUUUAAACAACAGCUCCGUGACACGGCACUAGACAACGCAGACGACCUAUUCAAAACGAUGGACGAAGGAGAAUUGCUCAACAGGAUGAAGAACGCUGCCUUGGCGGGGGAUCAGGCUCGCCUUGAAGAGUAUUCAGAGAAGUUUGCAGAACACGCAGAACACGUGCAAGAGGUAUGUCGACUUCUCUUUCAUGUAGCCAGUACGGAAGCCCUGCAGGUCACAGGGAAGAAUACUGAUGCCUGCCUCAAAGUUUACGGCUCCCAGGUGAUAAGCGCAUACCAGACACUGUGCACGCACCCCAUGAGCAAGAUAGCAAAAGAAAAUGUAGAAGUAUUCAUGGACGUCUGGCAGUCUUUGGUGAGCGACGUCGCUGCCCUCUCGAGGGAAGUGGGACAGUUAUGCCGAGCCGCUGGACAGGAUGCUCCAGGAUACCUCUCCCUCCCUCGUCCAGGGAGGCAUGGGACAACGAGCAAGCCCCUGAAGCCGGCCAAACUGGACACGGAGGAGCAAGCCAAGAUUGCAAAGUUGGGAUUGGAGAUGAAGUUGCUCACAUCAGAGAUGGAUGCAGAGACUGAAAAGUGGCCGGCAGCUGAGAACGACAUCGUCGGCAGAGCUCGUGCCAUGUCUCAAAUGGCUUUCUCCAUGUACCAGUUCACGAGAGGGGAAGGAGACCUGAAGACAACUCAGGACCUUUUCACGCAGGCAGAAUUCUUUGCAGAAGAAGCAAACAAGCUGUACAAAGUUGUCAGACAGUUUUCUUACCAGGUUCCAGGUGGGCAACAUAAGAAAGAGCUCCUGGAGUUUCUGGACAAGGUGCCUACUUUUGUCCAGCAACUGCAAUUCACUGUCAAAAACCCCACAGUAGGAAAGGCGGCCACCUUUACCAAGGUUGACAAUGUCAUACAGGAAACAAAAAACCUGAUGAAUGUCAUCUCAAAGGUAGUCACCACCUGUCUCGUCUGUGCCACUAAGUACAACUUGGACUUUCGUGGGUCUGAAGGAAGCCGUCAACAUACUCAGUAUGGAUACCAGGAAGAAGAGUACAGUUACAGCGACGGCGGAGGUGGGGGAGGCAUGGCCCCCAAGGGACCAGGUGCCCCCACGUCAUCCGACCCGAACAUUUGACAGUUCGGAAUGGGCCCUCGAAGGCCCAAGCAAGAUGCCCGCCGCACCAGGGUGUCUUUUUUACUCUUUUAGGGUCAAAAUCCAAGCGAGACUAAAUAGGCAGGCACAUUGCCGAGCCUGAUUCCGCUCGUAGCAGUCAUGCACAUUCCCUGCUGCUUCCAAAAAAAGGACCCUGAUUGGCGCAAAAACAAAAAAGGAUACAUUUAUUCGAAUGUAACCUCGACGAUACACAGAAAUUCGGCAUCAAAAAGCUGAUAAGACUAAAGGUGACAAAAACGUACGUGAAAGAGGAUGGAAUGAAGGCGCACCUGUGCCCUUCUCUAUAUUUUCGACUACUAUUUGACAAACAUCUAUUUAGCUAUAGUAUCGCUAGUUUAAUGUGAGAUAUUAGGGCUCCUUAGCACUGGGACUGCUACUGCUUAGGGUGGAAAUAGUCUUGACUGUCCCUCCCUUGGCAUGCACUGUCCAGUCGCUGGCACUCUCCGCUAACAUCCCCAAGUGCUUCCAGUGAUCCCAGACAAACGCUCUUGCACUGCGAGCACACACCCCUCGACUCUCUGUGGCACACACCGUGGAAAAGCUUGUCUAGGCGACAAGAUGCAAUAAUAGUUCCACGACGGCUCCACAAAGUAGGUAGACUUCCGACGGCUGAUUUCUCCGACCGUGUCUCCGAGGCCAGUGCAAUACUGCAACGUCUCAUCAUUAUGUACGUACAAUAUUUUUCUCGCAAUAGUGGGCUUAUUUAUCUUUCACGUCGCAUCUGUCUGCGCAGCCUGUUACGAAAAGUCAUUGGUGAACGUUAUGUACGGAGAAGGUGUUUUAGCUUCCGUUAAACAUAUCGUGUCUUCCCAGUGUUAGUGCUCCAUACUGUUGUGCCGCAGAAUCGAAGGGCGUGCUAGAUAGCUUGUCAUACAGGCAUUGAACGCAGAGCAGAAGCAAAGGUCUGGGCCCUUCAAUCCGGUCAGAUGACUGCGCAAACUGUGCAAAGGGUAGGGUGGGUUUUGACCCUGAAACGGUUCUUUAUCAUCCAUUUAAAGUGUGCGACAUUAUUUUUGUAUUACUCAUGUGCCAAGGUGCAUUAAAGGGACCCUCAUCGUGCAUAAGUUUUGUUUUGUUCCUUGGGUUUGAGCGUUAUUUAUUUUCUUCUUUGUAACUUAAACUUUUUACUUACUACUUUACUACUUAGUUUUCUAGGUGCUCUCUCGGUAAUGUGCACUCGAGCAUUCCACGAUUGUUUCCGCUUAUUAUUUGUUCCUUGUUUCUAAGCUUACUUUAGUUGCCGCAGAAUUUCCUGCGGCAGGAUCACAAAAAUUUCAACAAAUCAAAAUGGUUUCAGGACUUUUUAGAAAUUGUUUGAGUACUCACGAUAAAGCGCUUGUUUAGCGCGUACAGAGUAAACCUUAAGUGCACCAUCUCACAGAUUAUUUUUCUCCAUCUCAUGAGAGAGAGAGACGAAGGAGUGGUAAGCCAGCAUUUAGUUCUGGCGAGCAGAAACUAUAGUGUUGUGACCUAAGGAAAAUGACGGCCCACACAAACGUUGUGCCCGGUCCUAACCCUCAGUUGCUCAGUCUUCUCCAAAGCUUUGUCACACACCACAGCAAAGCUACUUUCGAAAUUGCUCUGAAUUCGGGUAGUUGGUGAAUGCUUUCGGUUAAGCGUGCUAGCACGACUUUAUUUGACACAAACGAAUUGUGUGGAGUACAGAACCUUUGUGAAAUGUCCUCUCCCAGUACAACCUAAUGAGUAUUACAUCCUUAGAGUAGUGAUGAAAUAGCGUAUAUGCAAGCACGGUGACGGAUGAAAUCCAGUGUAGAAAAAGCCUGAGCUUGGGCAAGGGAACAAACGAACGAGCUGCUUGGGUCACGUCGUCCUUUCUAUUCGCUCCUUUCCCCAAGCUCAGGCUUUUUCUACACUGGAUUUUAUCCUGAGAGUAUUUAUGUGCUGUUUCUUGCCAGUUAUUGCAGAAAGAGCAUGCUGAAUGUGAAUCGGACAAUUCAUUUUGAACUACUGCAUCACUUGACAUAGUUUUUGUCUAUUGCUAGUGGGUGGUUGAUUGAACGUAAUUUGAAAUUACCAAGAAGCUAUAAAUGCAGCCCCUUGAAUGAUCACAAAAAAUUAUGCUACAAAACUUUAAAGUAUGAAGACAGAAGGACCCAUCGCAUGUUUGGAAGCAAAUAUAUGUGAAUUUUUCUUAAGAAAACUUUUACCGAAGGAUCGAAACAAUGGGACAGAGCAUCUGAGGCAAAUUCGGGCAAAUCUGGGGCAAAAAAAAAAAGAAGUGACUAUGGAUUGUGCGAGUGCUCCAAUCUCUCGAUCCCCAGCUCCCACCUUUUUGUGUUAGCUCCAAUGUCUUUUUCUUUCUCUUUGCCCUACAUACACUAUAAUGAUCUGGCACAAGCAUCAAGAUUUAAUCAAUGCAUGCCAAAACAAUGGCACAAAGCAAAAUUAUUACAAAUAUGCACGUGUGAGCUAGGUUUUGAAGAAGGCUGAGCAAACUCCAGGACUGGCUGUGUCUCAAGUAUACAUCAAAGUCAAGUCAAUCUUCACUCUUGACUCCAGCCCCACAGUUUCGAAGUAGCGGCGCAUAGCCGCCCCCCACUAGGAUUUUAUCUCAAAUCAAAUCUGCAUGCCACCUUACACACAUCUUCUUUAGAGGCAUUCGUGAUACUUUGAGUAGCCUCCCCCAUAUUUUGUAACGAUGUCCUCUCACUGCCAUCUCGAUUUGCUUUGACAGACCUCAGUGGAAAGAAGCUCUUUUUGUUGAAAGAUGUUUACAUAUCGUCCCAGUAUUAGCCAUUGGCGCAGUUGGACCAUUUGAGUUGGCAUAAACCCCGCAAUAUAAUAAUGACAAAGAGGGUGACUGUCGAUGGGGAGUGACUAAACAAAAAGAGGUUGAAUGUCAUUAUAUGUGUAUUUUUUCACUUCAUUCCACACUAGGUGUUUUACAGAUGUGAGGAACUGGCAAGUAAAAUACAAAGCAGAACGUGUGCAGCAACAUGAUAAGUGUGUAGCAUCUUUUAGAUAGGAACUAAGUCUUCAAGAAGCGAGAAAUAGGAAUUAUGUAGUUGAGCUGGAUGUGCCAGCUGUAGUUUCAUAUUCUAGCGAGUGCAAAUGUGACAUUGCCAAAAACAAAACUUUUUGUUUUCAUCUCGACUGAGAAAAAAAAAAAAAAGCAUUUGCUCCUGUGUGCGUGCGUGCAACUAUGCAUGUGUGUGCAUGUAUGCAUGUACAUAUAUAUAUAUACACAUCUAUUUAGCAUAUGUGACUAUUUUUCAAUGUGAUCUACUUUAAACUAAGUACAAAGCUGUUUAAGCUGUUUCGAAGACAACUAUAGAGCAUGUAGUUGGUGGUUCACCUUCAAGAGUUUUUGCUGUAGGUUGUACUUAGAGCAACCUUCCCAGAGAACAUUUCUUAGGUGUACAUAAUGUCAAAGUGUGUGAAGAGAGACUUUUUACAUUGUUGUUUACUGUAGCAAUCCACUAGCGAAUAAUAGAACUGGCUGCACAAGGGAUGACGGGAAGGAAAGGUUAACGUGACAGGGCACGUUAAACCACAUAAGCUCUACCCGCCCACCCUUGCGACUGGCAACUUCGAAGACAAGCCUUCGAAGUGAGGCAUUGGCUGAUCCGACUUCCAGAGAAAAGACGGUGUGUUCUCUCAGUGGUGUAGCUGAGCUUGUUCAAAGUGGAUAAACAGAAUCUUCAUGUACAAACUAGGACCUUUUUUAAGCGAGAACAUUUUUUCCCCUCCCCGUGUACAAGCUCUGUAGGAGGUGUGUUUUUUCCGGAGCUAUGCGUGACCCUCUUCAAACUCUCCCGAUAAUUCGAAAAAUGUUUCUCAUCUUCUUAGACAUCCUUUUCACUUGCAACGGUUAUAAAAAAAAAAAAAAAAAGCAGAGUCUUAUCAGGUAUUUCAAUGUUUCAGCCAUCUAAUAUACAACGAAGCGUGAGCAAUACAUAGCUCCCUUGUGUUUGCUCAUAACUUUUACCUUCUCCAGCUUUAGUUCUCGGGCUUCCUCGUCUACGAUGCAGUAAUUUGCUCCUGUCGGUUCCCAAAGAAACGCAGACUCAUUUCAAGUGUCUUACACUGAAAAGUUGAAACCAAUCGUUAUAUAUCGUUGAGAUUUCACAGUUGAGUUGUUCGCAGCCACGAUAUGUUUCUUCGUCUCAGUGUCAACUUUUUUUAUAAAAGUCGUGCAGCUCUCAGGGUUGGUGCACGAAAAUAAAAAAAAGAAUCGCAUGUCGUGGAAAAUCCUAAGGGGUAGGUUUAUGUAAUGCGCCAAAUGCUAAUCUGUGUUACUGAUUGUGUUUUCUACUAAUGCACCCUGUUACAUCAAGCACAUAUGUUUCUCUGCCGGGACAACGCAUUCGGCCCGGAAAAGCUACGUAGUUGCCACUGGCUGUGCACACACAAUCUGUUCUGUGUGUCAUAGGAUAGGCAUGUGCAACUGACACAUAAAUGUUUCCCUGUGUCUCUACUUGUGUUAUGAAAAUAAAUUUUUAACUAACCUGUUC